GAUGUACUGUUGGUAGGCGGCACAGAACAGGAAAUAGUGACAAUGAAUGAUGCAGCUUCAGCUCCACAGUGCAAACAUUUGUAAAUUAUCAAUAUUCAGGUAUAUAUAUGUCUAUUAACAUGCACUAUUAGAUGAGUUUCAAACCGGACGCUUGUUUUACUGGACUUCUGAAGUUUAAUCCCAGCAAAUAAUAUCGUUUUGACGCAAUGGGGGAGGUUGAGCUGUCCUGUCUGGCCUAUGUGAAGAUGUACCUGCAUGGCUGUCUGUUUCCACGGUGCAGUGUCAAUGGGCUGCUGUUGUCGUCCAGCCCAGCAGGUGGUGCUGUCUGUGUGACAGACUGCGUGCCCCUGCUCCACUCUCACCUACCUUUGGCUCCCAUCACCCAGCUGGCUCUCACACAGGUGGAUGUAUGGUGUGCACAGACACAGCAGAGGAUUGUAGGAUACUACCAAGCCAACGCCUGUGUGUCAGACAGCAGCCCUACGCCAUGUGCAUUGAAGAUUGCAGACAAGAUUGCCGAGCAGUGUAACAAUGCAGUUUUGUUAAUGAUUGAUGGUGGAAAGAUGUCUCCUGACUACAGGGUGCCUCCCAUAGUGAUGUAUGAGCGGAAAGACACCCGCUGGACCCUCAAAGACAAACACACGAUAAUGCUGCGGCAGUGGGAGGAGACUCGGGAAAUAGCCAGCCAGCUGCUGGAUGCUGGAGAUCACUCGUUAUUGGUGGAUUUUGACAGCCAUUUGGAUGACAUCACUAGGGACUGGACAAAUCAGAAACUCAAUGCCAAAAUAGCAGAGCUUGCCUCACCAGCCAAUGGUAAUGUCUGAAAUAAACUUGCGGAUUAAUUUGUUGCAUCGUUACAUUUCAAAAGUUAGAAUUAUAUGUCUUAAACCUACUGAUACUGCAAAUAUUUUAAGAAUCUUCUUUUUAUUAACAUCUAACAGCCAAAUAAGCACAUCAUCAUGAUCAUUUAGAAAUAUGAAAUACAUUUAAUGCGGUCAGACAGAACACAUUGAAUAAAAGACAGGCAUAAAUAACAGAAAUAAUUAGUUUGACAGAUCUGUGCAGUCUUCCGGUCUGUCCGGAGUGUGCCUUGUCAAGCCCAGCAGCAAUGUUGUUAACCCACUUAAAACCACUGACAGAGAUAUGCUCAUAGUUCACUGGCAUCACAACAUUAUGUGCAUCCUGUCCCACUGCUUUCAGUGGGUAACCUUUUAUCAAUUUAUUAAACUACAUCUACAAACUAUAAAAA